ACCAAGUCCGCCGGGCCUGGGUGCUGUAAUAAGGCGGCAGGACUGGCAGUGCUUGAGUUCCAGUUCCCCUAACCGUCCAGCCAGAGAGUAAACUGGCUGGGGAGGGCUCUGGAGACGCGCUUGGGCCUCGGGUUCCGCUGCGAAGACGGAGCGUUCUAGGCCUCACCAGGCUGAAAAGAGACUAGUAGCAAGUGUCACACCAUGCUUUUGCCAAUUUUCCAAUUGAAGCUCAACGUUCCUUCAUAAGCAUUUCCCUGUUAAAAUGUCCUUGACCCUUACAGAGGAGCAGAGAAAAAAAAUUGAAGAGAAUCGACAAAAGGCUCUGGCCCGCAGAGCUGAGAAGUUAAUAGCAGAACAGCCUCCAAGCACAGCAGUGAGCUCCUCUCUUGCUACCAACCCUUCCCAGUCCAAGCAAGGCUAUUCCCAGAAUCUCCCAAAAGAGCCUUCUAAGCCAGUAAGCCAUGGUGUCAUUUUCAAGCAACAGAAUCUCAGCAGUUCAUCUCAGGGUGACCAAAGACCUCAUAAUUCCCAGCAUUUGCAGCUCAGCACACCAGAGCAGCCUAAGGGGACAUGGAAGAACCAAGAAGGGAUGUCCACAGCCUGCCCAAGCUACAGCCCACCAAAUCAAAAAACUCCUGCUGAACUCUCUCCACCUUUGGCACAAAGCCCUCCAAAUGUCCCUAACCAACUCCUCUUGGGCUGUAAGUUAGGUCCAGGUCACCCUCAGACUGCACAUAAGAUUGAAUCAACACCCCUUGCUAACUCAGCUCAUGAACCUUUGGUUGAAGCAAAGAGGUCCCAGGAGACACCAGCUUCCUCCUCUGGACAGCCUCCCUGGGAUCCUAAAUUAGAGGCUAAGGCAGUGAAACCUUCCACCUCGAGGCAGAACAUUCCUAACAUCCAUUAUGGCUCAGGGGGUGUGACACCCAGAACAGAAGGAAGAUUCCAACAGAAAUUGGGGACCUCACUCCAAAAAACAGUAAGCUCCACAAAGGGAAAGUGCAUAAGGAAUGGAGAUCGUUUCCGGGUACAGAUUGGCUAUAAUGAGAAGCUCCUCGCAGUGUUUAAGCGUCUGCCCAGCAGAAGUUAUGAUGCUGCCACCAAGACGUGGGACUUCAGCAUGUCCGACUACAAUGCCUUGAUGAAAGCUGCUCAGUGCCUCCCCACAGUCACCCUGGAGCCAUUGGAAGGGGUCAGUGGCAGCAGUGGGGGACAGGCCAGCCUUCCUUCAGCUCCAUCCCUUGCCUUUGUCAAAGGGAGAUGCAUGCUCAUCUCCCGGACCCGCUUCGAGGUAGACGUCAGCUAUUCAGAGGACCUGAUCGCGGUAUUUAAACAGAUGGAUUCCAGGAAAUACGAUGUCAAUACCAGGAAAUGGAACUUUCUCUUGGAAGAGCACAAUAAACUGAUUACAAGGGUACGCGGCCUCCCACAGGUUCAGCUGGAUCCUCUGCCCAAGACUAUCACCCUGGCAUUUGCUUCUCAGCUUGAGAAGACAUCUCUCCAUCCUGCUGAUGUUCCUGAUGCAGACCUUUCUGGAGUGGACACCAAGCUCGUGUCUAAUCUGAUGCCCUUUCAGAGAGCUGGAGUCAAUUUUGCCAUAGCAAAAAGAGGUCGCCUGCUGCUUGCUGAUGACAUGGGACUGGGAAAGACCAUCCAAGCCAUCUGUAUAGCGGCCUUCUACCGGAAGGAAUGGCCACUCCUGGUGGUGGUACCGUCCUCUGUGCGCUUCACCUGGGAGCAGGCCUUCCUUCAGUGGCUGCCAUCUCUGAGCCCAGAUAGCAUCAACGUGGUAGUGAAUGGGAAGGGCCACCUGACAGCUGGCUUGGUCAACAUAGUCAGUUUUGACCUUCUUAGCAAAUUGGAAAAACAGCUAAAGACCCCUUUCAAGGUCGUCAUCAUUGAUGAAUCUCAUUUCCUCAAAAAUAUCAAGACUGCCCGCUGUCGAGCAGCUGUACCCAUCCUAAAGGUUGCCAAGAGAGUGAUCUUACUGUCAGGCACCCCAGCCAUGUCCCGACCUGCAGAGCUCUACACGCAGAUCAUUGCAGUCAAGCCAACUUUUUUCCCUCAGUUUCAUGCCUUUGGACUUCGCUACUGUGAUGCCAAACAGAUGUCCUGGGGCUGGGACUACUCAGGCUCCUCCAACCUCGGAGAGCUAAAGCUCCUGCUGGAAGAAGCGAUCAUGCUGCGACGCCUCAAGUCCGACGUCCUUUCCCAGCUGCCAGCCAAACAGCGCAAGACGGUGGUGGUCUCCCCUGGGCGGAUCAGUGCCAGGGCCAGAGCCACCCUGAAUGCUGCAGCCAUGGAAAUGACCAAGGGCCAAACUAAACAGCAGCAGAAAGAAGCCCUCAUUGUCUUCUUCAACAGAACGGCUGAAGCGAAAAUCCCAUGUGUCAUUGAAUACAUCCUGGACCUUCUGGAAAGUGGAAGAGAGAAGUUUCUAGUGUUUGCACACCAUAAGGUGGUUUUGGAUGCAAUUACCAAGGAACUUGAGAGAAAGCACGUGCCACACAUCCGCAUCGAUGGCUCCACUUCCUCGGCGGACCGAGAGGACCUGUGCCGGCAGUUCCAGCUGUCUGAGAGGCACGCAGUGGCAGUACUGUCCAUCACUGCUGCCAACAUGGGCCUUACCUUCUCCUCUGCUGACCUGGUGGUGUUCGCCGAGCUGUUUUGGAACCCAGGGGUGCUAAUCCAGGCUGAGGACCGGGUGCACCGCAUUGGGCAGACCAGCUCCGUGGGCAUUCACUACCUGGUGGCCAAAGGCACAGCAGAUGACUACCUCUGGCCCCUGAUUCAAGAGAAGAUUAAAGUUCUGGGAGAAGCUGGGCUUUCUGAAACCAAUUUCUCAGAAAUGACAGAAGCCACUGAUUACAUCUACAAGGACCCAAAGCAGCAGACUAUCUAUGACCUAUUCCAGAAGUCCUUUGAGAAAGAUGGAAGUGACAAAGAGCUCCUGGAGGCAGCAGAAACCUUUGACCCAGGAAGUACUUCAGGAGACACAGAUGAAAGCACCUUGACUGCCAGUCCACCAAAGAAAAGGAAAUUUGAAUUUUUUGAUAACUGGGACAGCUUCACCUCUCCCUUUUAAGAGGGACCCAAAAAAGCAUUAGAAAUCAUGGAAUUCACAAAAAUAAAACAAGGUAUUUUGUUUAUAAAGCCUGUGUUUCUCUUGUCAUCAGCAGUGCCUGUGUCUCUCCAAGGCCAAUGGGACACCAGCAUUUCCAUUCCUGUGUAAGCAGGUAGGGGAUUGCUUUGGGGCUUAAUUAAUCUUAGCUCGUCUGGCUUAGAAAAGGAGACAACAACUUGUAACAGUGGUAAUUCACAUUUUUAAGUAAUGCUGCCUAUGUAUUCCAACAUCUAGAUUUUAAAAGUUGAAUGACUAUAAAUAUUUAUAGAAUGCCUAAGAUGUGCCAGGUACUAUCCUGGGUACUGGUGAUAACUUGCUGAACAAGAGAAAAAUAUGUGCCAUAGGA